GAGCCCAAGCCAUGUGUCCAGCCCUUUGACUCUGGAGCUGCAGCCUCAGCCACCAGGAGCAGCCGUGGACCCUGGAGACCUGAGAACCCAGAUUUCUUCUCCACCAUGGAUGAUGAGCAGGAGGAUGAUUUUCCAGGACUGCUCAGCGAGAGCUCAGAAGACCUCGGUCUGGACUUGGGGGCCCUCCAGGGCAGCGAGUAUCUCCAGGACCUGGGCUUAGGAGAGCCUCCCCACAGCCAGCCUGGAGGAGCUACAGAGAGUGGGACCCCUGUCAAGGAAGCUGGAAGAGACUCCUCCUUCUCCUGCUCAGCAGGGGCCCAGGCCCUGCCUCGCAGCUGGGAGAGGUCCCGAAGUUGCUCUGAGGGCUGGCAUAGGCUCAGCUUUGAUGCCUCAGCUGUGAAGGAGGGACCCUGUCUCCCUCGAACACUGGCUAGCCUCACUCUAAAUCUGUCUGUAGAGGGACUGAAGACCUGGACCCAAGGGUGUCUGACUGGGAGUGGGAUCCCUGCAGAACACCCGAGCAAGGAAUCUGGCAGCUCAGAGAAAAGAGGGAGGUCAAGGUCAGUGCCGCUGUCCAGUGAUGAGAUCAGCUCUCUGGAACUGGCUCCAGGCCUAGAAUCCCCAGUCUUGAAGUGUCUGGAAAAGGACCAGGUGGAACCGGACCAUGUGCUGAUUGUGCAACAGGUGCUGCAAGAACUUCGACAGUAUCAUGGGGCCCGUCAGCGGGCUCGAAUGUCCACCAGCCCUGAAGGAACCCACUCGAGCCUCACCUGGUUUGAGUUCCUUUCUGAGAGCGAGGACGGUGCCGGCAAGAAUGAAAAGAAUGACAAGAGCACCAGAGUGAAGCGUAGCCUGAGCUGCCUCCGCAGCCGGGUCACCAGGCAGAAGGAAAAGGGGAAGAGCCCUGCACAUCUCAAGGACAAGGCUCAGGAUGCUCGGGAGAGGCGAGAGUGUGUCAGCGGCCACCAACUGCUACGAGAAACCUUCUCGGGCCACUCCAGCUGUCCCCUGUGUGGCAAACCUUUGCUGAGCUCUGCAGCCUCGCUGAAGGAGCACCCGAGGACCACCCUCCUGUCCGAUGGCAGCCCGGCCCCUGCCAGGAAUGUCGGCAUGACGGUCUCUCAGAAAGGGGGUCCCCAGCCAACACCGAGCCAGGCCGGAACUGGGGCGCGACUCGGACCAGUCACAGGAGAGAUGGAUGAAGCCGACUCUGUGUUUUUAAAAUUUAAGCAAGCAGCUGAUGACUGUCCAUCAUUUACAUCCUCCAAUGCCGAGUCCGUUUUCCUAGAAGAUCCCUAUACCGCCUCACUGAGGAGCGAGAUCGAAUCAGAUGCCCACGAGUUUGAGGCUGAGUCCUGGAGCCUUGCAGUGGACUUGGCGUAUGCCAAGAAACAAAAGAAGGAAGUGGUGAAAAGACAAGAUGUCCUGUAUGAGCUAAUGCAGACAGAGGCACACCACGUGCGUACACUGAAGAUCAUGCUGAAGGUAUACUCCAGGGCCCUGCAGGAAGAGCUACAGUUCAGCAGCAAGGCCGUCAGCCGUCUCUUCCCAUGUGCUGAUGACCUGCUGGAGGUGCACAGCCACUUCCUGGCUCGGCUCAAGGAGCGCCGCCAAGAAGCCCUGGAGGAGGGCAAUGAGCGGAAUUACGUCAUCCAGAAAAUCGGGGACCUCCUAGUACAGCAGUUUUCAGGUGAAAGUGGGGAGAGAAUGAAAGAAAAAUACGGUGUGUUUUGUAGUGGCCACAAUGAAGCAGUCAGUCAUUAUAAGUUAUUACUGCAGCAGAACAAGAAAUUUCAAAACUUGAUCAAGAAACUCGGCAACUUCUCCAUCGUGAGGCGGCUUGGUGUGCAGGAGUGUAUUCUUCUGGUUACUCAGCGCAUAACCAAAUACCCCGUGCUGGUGGAGCGCAUCAUUCAGAACACAGAAGCUGGCACUGAGGACUACGAAGACCUGACCCAGGCCUUGAAUCUCAUCAAAGAUAUCAUCUCACAAGUGGACGCCAAGGUCAGCGAAUGUGAGAAGGGCCAGCGCCUCAGGGAGAUUGCUGGGAAGAUGGACUUGAAGUCCUCCAGCAAACUCAAGAAUGGGCUCACCUUCCGGAAGGAGGACAUGCUGCAGCGGCAGCUCCACCUGGAGGGCACACUGUGCUGGAAGACCACAUCAGGACGCUUGAAAGAUGUCCUUGCUGUCCUGUUGACUGAUGUGCUUUUGCUGCUGCAAGAAAAAGAUCAGAAAUACGUCUUUGCUUCCGUGGACUCGAAGCCACCCGUCAUCUCUUUGCAAAAGCUCAUCGUGAGGGAAGUGGCCAAUGAGGAGAAGGCCAUGUUUCUAAUCAGCGCUUCCCUGCAAGGGCCUGAGAUGUAUGAGAUCCACACCAGCUCCAAGGAGGACAGGAACACCUGGAUGGUCAACAUCCGGAGAGCUGUGGAGAGCUGUCCUGACGAGGAGGAGGGGCCCUUCAGCGAGGCUGAGGAGGAGAGAAAGGCGACUGAGGCCCGUGCCAUGAGACUCAGGGACUUCCAAGAGCGACUGAGCCUGAAAGACCAGCUGAUCGCCCAGAGCCUCCUGGAGAAGCAGCAGAUCUACCUGGAGAUGGCUGAGAUGAGCGGGUUUGAGGACUCCUCCCAGCCCAGAGGCCUCUUCCGCGGGGGUGACCCCUCGGAGACCCUGCAUGGGGAGCAGAUCCUCAGGUCGGCCAUGAGUGAGAUUGAAGGCAUCCAGAGCCUGAUCUGCAGGCGGCUGGGCAGCACCAACAGCCAGGCAGAAGAAGGCAGCAGCCCUGUGGGCCUUCCCCGGAGGGCUGAGACCUUUGGGGGUUAUGACAGCUCGGGCAGCCCCAACAAGAAUGGCAGUUUUAAGAAGAAGGUCUACAGCAACGACCCCAGGCCUCAAGACUGGCGGGGUCCUGUCAGCAGCCCAGACUCAAAGCAAGGUGACAGUGACACCCCAGUGGGAUGCAAGGAGUCACCACAGGCGGUGGAGAUGCAGGGUGCAGAGACUGGCCCCCGUGUGCCCACUAUCCUGGAAUCGGAGCUUGUCCAACGGGUCCAGACACUGUCUCAGCUGCUCCUCAGCCUCCAGGCUGUCAUCGCUCAGCAGGACAGCUACGUGGAGAUGCAGCGGGCUGCCAUCCAGGAGCGGGAGAAGCAGUUCCGGCUGCAGUCGACACGGGGGAACCUGCUGCUGGAGCAGGAGCGGCAGCGCAACUUCGAGAAGCAGCGCGAGGAACGGGCGGGCGUGGAGAAGCUGCAGAGCCAGCUGCGGCAGGAACAGCAGCGCUGGGAGCGCGAGCGCCAGCGCCAGCUGCAGGAACUGGAGCGCGCCGGCGCCCGGCUGCAGGAGCGCGAGGGCGAGGCGCGGCAGCUGCGCGAGCGGCUGGACCAGGAGCGCGCUGAGCUGGAACAGCAACGCCAGGCCUACCAGCAUGACCUGGAGCGCCUGCGGGAGGCCAUGCGUGCUGUGGACCGCGAGCGUGACCGGCUAGAUCUGCAGCGCAGGCUCAAGAAGCAGAACACGGUUCCAGGGGCGCUGCCACCCGAGGCACUGGCAGAGGCCCAGCCCCCAAGCCACUCUCCCAGCUUCAAUGGGGAAGGGCUGGAAGGGCCUUUGGCCCUGCCCAAAGCCCCGGGGACCCGUGUGAGCAUGCUGCUGUCUAGUUCAGGGCCUGAGUACAUGGAACACCCUGAGGUGGCUCGCCGGGACAGUGCUCCAGCUGAGAGCCGUCCAGCCAAGAGUGAGGUUCCCAUACAGCUGCUCAGCACCACCAACCAGAUCCAGCGGCAGGCAGCUGUUCAGCAGCAGAUCCCCACCAAGCUGGCUGCCUCCACCAAGGGCGGCAAGGACAAAGGUGGCAAGAACAGGGGCUCCCAGCGCUGGGAGAGCUCAGCAUCGUUCGACCUGAAGCAGCAGCUGCUUCUCAACAAGCUUCUGGGCAAGGAUGAGAACACCUCUCGGAACCGCCGGUCACUGAGCCCCAUCUUGCAUGGCAGCCAUGGCUCUGCACCUGCCGCAGACCCCUGCUUCCCAGCCCUGAGUCCCACCCUGGUUGACAUCACCCCUGAGGUCAUCUCCCUCAAGGCUGGGGGCACAUCCUUCCCACCCGUGCCCCCAUCCCCCUCGCCACUGCCAGCCACACCACUGAACUCUAAGGAUGAAGCCAGCAAGGAAGACGUCAUCUUCUUCUGAGGGGGCCAAGGCUGCAGGAGCAGGCUUCUCUCUGUCCUGCCUACUCUCUGUGUCUCUGGGGAUCCCAUGGGGUGACUGCGCCUACCUAGCUGUCCCCCUCCCCUACCCGAGCACAUCCCUGAUGCCCACCCAGCCAGGGUUGGCCUGUUGGUGCUUUGGGUCUUGUGGCUCUUUUUGUAGGAUUAGCAGUGAUGCUUGGGUAAUUUCCUGAACUUCUUUACAUAUGUGUACAUAAAACAAAGUUUUGAAUGGAAGGUUGAACCCAAGCUAAACCAAGGAGCUGUUUUAAUCUGAAGCACCCCUUUGGAUAGGAGAGAGGUGAACUCCUAGCUGGUUCCCCAGGGAGCCAGAAGACAGGCCAGACCUCAGUCUCAAGAGCACUGGCUCCAGGCCAGGCUCCAUGGCCACUAGGAAGCAGGAGAGUGUCAAGUCGUUGGGGCUCCAGAAGGGAGGUGGCAUCGGCUGCAUCUGUCCGUAGUUGGGCAGAAUCCCCUUAUAAAACAGAGGCCCACAAGGGUCACAGAGAACCUUGGCCAGUGAGUGUGCUGGGCAGGAGCAGAGAGGGCUACAGCAGGGUGGAUGGAGAGAGAGCGCCCAUGGCGUGCUUGGCAGCUCAGCUCAAAUGGGGCUGGGCUGCUUGUGAUUUGGAGAUUUUCCAGAUUCUGCUUCUUGAGGGCAUCUGCCAUUCCCUACUACUUGGCCUGUCUGGGGGGAGAGGGGACAAGCCCUAGGCUCCUCAGGUCGGAACGUCCUCAGUUCCAGGGCUGCUAGGAGGAAGCCCCCAGGACCACUGUCCUGCCUGCUGGAGUGGUGGGGCCUUUUCCCAGGGCAAGUGGAAGAAAUGCCCAGAACAUUGCCAGUGAGUGGGCAGAUGACUGUGUUGGUGGCACCUGAUUUGCUGUGGCGUGUUGCAGCCUGUGGGUGGCUUCCCUGGGAGGAGUUGGGACAGGGGUAUGGGGUGGUCUUAAAUGCCCAGUGUAAGGCCAGGCCAUGCACCUCCCAAAGCAUUGGCAGCAGGACUGGGGCCUAGGCUGGUCGUUCUUGUUGCCAGAAAGGAGCACGUGGGCACCGGCCAAGGCCAAGCCAUUCUCCUGAGCCCAGAGUACUGAAGAGCCCCAGUGGGGACUCGAUACUUACGAUGAACCUGCAGAGCUGACCCUAUGAUCCCCAACCAGUGAGCAAGGACAUUCCUAUGCUCAGGGACAGGUGGGCACAGGGGACAGGAAAUCUUGUCAGAAACCUCUAACGUGAGCCCGCCCACAGCCAGGGUGCCUGCUCAGUGCCACAGGCUCAGGAGGGUGACAGGGUGCUGAAAGUGGCAGUUCCUAGUGACUUCUGAGCACAGCAGGCGGUGUGGUGUCCCAUCCUCAUCCCGACUCCUACCCUGGUCCUUUUCCAUCAGCAGUGCUGUCCUGUGUCCUGAGCAUGUCCCCACACCAGAUCUCAUCCGUGCCAUGUUUCUAAUCAGUGUUUUGUAUUUUUGUACUGAGAUGUAUUGGAGCACUUUAAAAAAGCUGACUCUAACUUCCUGCUCUGUCAUGAUGAGAACAUUCCUGAACCACUGCACUGGGUGACCUUCCAGCCACGCGCCCCUGAGCCUACAUGCUCAGGUCCCAUCCCCCAGAUGCCACAAUUCCUUGGACUUGGAGAAUUUCAAGGAGCUUCUGCUCGGCCAUACCAUGGGAAUCAGUGCCUCCCCACCAGGCAGCCAGGGGUUCUCAGUCCUGCUUGGCGCGUGGUAGGGUGAUGCCACUGGUGUGUCUCCUCUCACCAGCACCCAGGCCACUCCUGGGUAAAGCCCAGUGCUAUCUGUCAAGUUGGUGGCCAAGCAGCAUCCUGUUUGUGGGAUCUGUGCACAUCAUCUUUGCCGAUUGUGACCAUGAUCUUUAGCCACCUACAAUUAUUUUUCCAGCAAUUACGAUGGGUCCUCAUCACAAGAUAUUUCAGAACCACCCUAGAACUUAAGACCAGAUUCUAGCAAUAAAAGUGUCUAAGAGGACCUCUGAGUGAACUUUGUUUUUUUUUUUUUUU